CCGAGGCGUGCCGGGUCUUCCAGGGAGGCGCGCCUUUCCGCUCCUUCUCGCCGUGCUUUAUGCUGGGCGCUCGGGAGAGAGAGGCUGGAUGCAGCGGCGGGAUGGGCGCUGAGCAGGUGCUCUCCUCGGCCUCCGUCUCCUCCUCGGUGUACCUCCUGCUGCUGGUGCUGAGCGCGCCGGGCUCGGGGCGGGCGCUGUCGGUGCGGAGCCGCUUCCCCUCGCCCACCCUGACCAACAACUUCGCCCUGGACGCCUCGGGCGGGCGCCUGUACUUGGCGGCGGUGAACCGUCUCUUCCAGCUCUCGGCGCCCAACCUGACGCUGGAGGCGGAGGCGGAGGAGGGCCCGCGCGAGGACAGCCCGCUCUGCCACGCGCCCCAGCUGCCCCAGGCCUCGUGCGAGCACCGCAAGCGCCCCACCGACAACUACAACAAGCUCCUGGCGCCCGACCCCGAGCAGGGCCUGCUGGUGGUCUGCGGCUCCGUCUACCAGGGCUUCUGCCAGCUCCGCCGCCUCGACAACGUCUCCGCCCUGGCCGUGGCCUUCCCGCCGAGUGGCGGAGGGGGCGGGGGCGGCGAGGGCCCCGUGGCGGUCUUCCCCAGCAUGCUGAACGUGGCCGCCAACCACGCGGAGGCCUCGACGGUGGGGCUGGUGCUGCGCGGGCGGGUGACGCGCCUGCUGGUGGGCGCCACCUACACGGGCCUGGGCAGCCCCUUCUUCCCGCGCAACGCCUCCCUCGAGGACCACCGCUUCGAGAACACGCCCGAGAUCGCCAUCCGCGCCCUCGACGCCCGCGGGGACCUCUCCCGCCUCUUCACCUUCGACAUCAACCCCUCCGACGACAACAUCUUCAAGAUCAAGCAGGGCGCCAAGGAGCGGCACAAGCUCAGCUUCGUCCGCGCCUUCCUCCACGCCGGCGCCUCCUCCCGGGGCUCCCCGGCCUACGCCUACCUGGCCCUCAACAGCGAGGCCAACGCGCGCGAGAAGGAGAGCCACUCGCACAGCCUCCUGGCGCGCAUCUGCCUCGGGGACGCCGGGGAGGGCGGCGCGGCCAACGGGAGCGCCGCGGGGGGCGCGGGAGGGGAGACCAAGAAGCUGACCGAGUCCUACAUCCAGAUGGGCCUCCAGUGCGCCGCCCAGGGAGAGCUCUUCAACCGCCUGGUCUCCGUCUUCCCCGCCCGCGCCGCCCUCCGCCUCGGCCCCGCCGCCGCCGUCUUCCCGCCCGAGGAGCUGCUCUUCGGCGUCUUCGAGAAGGCCCCCGCCGCCCCUGCCUCCCCCGGCACCCCCCGCCCGCCCCCGCCCGCGGCCCUCUGCGCCUUCCGCUUCGCCGAGGUGGAGGAGGCCAUCCGCCUGGCCAGGAACUCCUGCUUCGUCGCCCCCGACGCCCGCCUCGUCACCGUCCUCGACAGCGUGGUCCAGGGCACCGGGCCCGCCUGCGAGCGGAGGAAGAUCCAGUUGCAACCAGAACAGUUGGAUUGUGGCGCAGCCCAUCUCCAGCAUCCCCUGUCGAUCCUGCAACCUAUCAAAGCCAGGCCAAUGUUCACUUCACCGGGAUUGACUUCAGUGGCAGUUUCCAGUGUCAACAAUUACACAGUUGUGUUUCUGGGAACAGCCAAUGGAAGACUGCUAAAGAUAAACUUCAAUAGCUUUAUGGAUGUGAUGAGCAGAGAAUCAAUUACUAUUGCUUAUGGCGAACCCGUCCACCCCAUCAUGCAGUUUGAUCCUUCUGAUUCUAGCUAUCUGUAUUUAAUGACAUCUCAUCAGAUUGCCCGUGUGAAAGUAGCUGCCUGUGAUCAAUAUACUAUAUGUACCGAUUGUUUGGCUGCAGCUGAUGCUUACUGUGGAUGGUGCACCUUGGAGACCAGAUGUUCAUUGCAACAUGAGUGUGCUAAUUCUGAUGAGCCAUAUUACUGGAUAAGCACAAGUGGAGGAGUGCAGCAAUGUCCGUCAAUGACCAUUAUACCUUCAGAAAUAAACAUGGAGAAGGAGAACACGGCCAUGAUUAUUCAAAUGAAUGGAAGUAUUCCAAGUCUGAGCGGAAUGAAGAUGUCUUGUGAUUAUGGAAAUAAUAUCGAAACUGUAGCUAAAGUCCUUUCACAGUCUUUGAACCAAUAUGUUUAUUGCAAUUUUCUUCCCAGAGAAAAAUAUCCAGCCUUCCCAUCCAAUCAAGACCAUGUGAUUGUUCAAACAUCUGUAAAGGUUAAUGGCAAAAAUAUUGUGUGGGCCAAUUUCACCAUCUAUGACUGCAAGAGAACUGGAAACAUUUAUCCAAAAACAGCGUGCAUUAGCUGUUUCUCAGCUAAAUGGAAGUGUCACUGGUGUACUAGGAAAUAUACCUGUGUCUCCAAUGCAACUGAAUGUGAGGAUUCAAUACAAAUGACUAACAGUACCGAUUGUCCACAGAUUGUGCCUGCCUCUGUUGCUCCUGUGUCAACCGGGACUUCCCAGGACAUUGCCAUCACCUUGAUGAAUGCAGCUUUUAUAAAGGAUAGUCCUUUGGAAUGCCACUUUGAAACCGACAGGAUAUUUGAGGCCCGGUGGGUGAAUGCAUCUGCUGUUCAGUGCAGCAAUGUGCAGCUUCACACUUCAGACAAAAGCCACCUCUUUCCGGUGAACCUUCGACUAAAGGAAAAACCUGGUCGAUUUAUUGAUAGUCCCCAGAUGAUGACAGUGGAGAUUUAUAAUUGUGCGACUGGAAGUGCUGACUGUUCUCAGUGUCUUGGGAGAGAAGAUCUGGGUCAUCAGUGCAUUUGGAGUGACAGUAGUUCCAGCUGCAGACUAAACACAGAAGUCCUCCAGAUCCCAGGACCAUGCCCUCCUCCUGAGAUUAGGAAGAUUGAACCCCUGAAUGGACCCUUGGAAGGAGGCACCUUGGUUACAAUACGAGGAAGAAACCUAGGCCGUAGAUUCAGUGAUAUUGUUAAUGCUGUCAUAAUAGGAAAUGUGAAAUGCAUACCACUCCAGGAAAGAUACAUUGUCUCUGAAGAAAUUGUAUGCUGGACUGGAGAAGCCAUAGCAGAAUUUUCUGAUGUGGUGACAGUUAAUCUAAGCAAAGAAGGAAAAUCCAGAGAACGGUACUCUUAUGUGCUUCCAGUAGUGAAGUUUAUAUCUCCAUCCGCUGGUCCUAAAGCAGGAGGAACUAAAAUAACCAUCACAGGAAGUAACCUCAGUGUUGGGUCUGAGCUCCGGGUUUUGGUUAAUGGCACAAAAGAAUGUACAGACCUCAGCCGAACUGACACCACCAUCACGUGCACCAUGCCAAGUGUGGAAUUUACUGCCACUGCAAGUGUCUGUGUCCAGUUUGAAAAUAAGUCUUGCAUUGGUGACAACAACAAUUUCAGCUACGAGAAAAAUCCAAGUAUAAUGGAUAUCAACCCCAAAAAGAGUCAGAUCAGUGGAGGCAGAAUCAUCACUGUGGAAGGAAAUGGAUUUUUGAUGGCUCAGAAUGUGUCUAUGGUUGUUCACACUGUUGGUAAAGAACAAACGAACUGUAAGGUUCACUCCGACACUGUGAUUACCUGCCCCUCUCCAGCUGCCUCCAACCUCACUGGGAGCAAGCCAGCUUCAGUGGACUUCUACAUCAAUGGCCGCUUGUAUACGGAUGAGCACCAUUUCCCAUUUGACCAUUAUGAGGAGGCUGUGCACAUUAGCAAGUUCCACUUGGAGUACUACCCAGACCCCCAGUUCUUCACAGCCAAGAAGGAGAAGUGGAUCAAACAUCAUCCUGGAGAGCCCUUGACUCUAGUUAUACAUAAAGAACCGGACAAUCUUGGCCUGGAAAGCAAUGAAUAUGAGGUUAAAAUUGGUCUGAUUUCCUGUGAGAUCCAGAUCGUUUCAGACAAAGUCAUUCAUUGCUCAGUCAAUGAAUCUCUGAGCACCUCAGAAAGACAGCUUCCUGUGACGAUCCAAGUUGGGAAAUUCAAUCAAACAAUUGCUAUGCUGCACCUUGGAGGAAGUGAGACAGCUAUCACGGUUUCCAUAGUCGUCUGCAGUAUCUUACUUCUGCUGUCUGUUGUAGCUCUCUUUGUGUUUUGCACCAAGAGCCGCAGGGCUGAGCGUUAUUGGCAAAAAACUCUGCUCCAGAUGGAAGAGAUGGAAUCCCAAAUCAGGGAAGAAAUCCGCAAAGGUUUUGCUGAACUUCAAACAGAUAUGACAGACUUGACCAAGGAGCUGAAUCGCAGCCAAGGGAUUCCAUUCCUGGACUACAAAUACUUUGUAACCCGGACUUUCUUUCCCAAAUGUUCAUCGCUCUAUGAAGAGCGUUACAUUCUGCCUUCUCAGCACCUCAGUUCCCAGAUGGGGUCACAGGUUCAAGAAACUCACCCAUUGCUCUUGGGGGAAUGGAAAAUACCUGAAAACUGUAGACCCAAUAUGGAAGAAGGAAUUGCAUUGUUCUCCACUUUACUCAACAACAAGCACUUUCUCAUUGUUUUUGUCCAUGCCCUUGAGCAACAGAAAGAUUUUGCUGUUAGAGACAGAUGCAACCUUGCCUCUUUGCUUACCAUUGCACUACAUGGGAAACUGGAGUACUAUACCAGCAUCAUGAAGGACCUCUUAGUGGAUCUCAUUGAUGCCUCUGCCUCUAAAAACCCCAAACUCAUGCUGAGGAGGACAGAGUCUGUGGUUGAGAAGAUGCUGACCAACUGGAUGUCCAUCUGCAUGUACAGCUUUCUCAGAGAAACCGUUGGGGAACCCUUCUUCCUCCUGCUCUGUGCCAUCAAGCAACAGAUCAAUAAAGGAUCGAUAGAUGCCAUCACAGGAAAAGCCAGGUACACACUGAAUGAAGAAUGGCUUUUGAGAGAGAACAUUGAAGCAAAGCCAAGGAAUCUUAAUGUGUCUUUCCAAGGCUGUGGAAUGGACUCCUUGAGUGUUCGUGUCAUGGAUACAGACACUCUCAGCCAAGUUAAAGAGAAGAUACUUGAAGCCUUUUGCAAGAAUAUUCCAUAUUCCCAAUGGCCAAGGGUAGAAGACGUUGAUCUAGAAUGGUUUGCCACAAGCACUGACAGCUACAUCCUUCGGGACCUCGAUGACACUUCAGUGAUGGAAGAUGGAAGGAAGAAACUGAACACGUUAGCACAUUAUAAGAUUCCUGAUGGUGCCUCCCUAGCUAUGAGUUUAACUGAUAAUAAAGAUACCACAUUAAGUAGAGUGAAAGAUUUGGACACUGAAAAAUACUUUCAUUUGGUCCUUCCCACAGAUGAGCUGAAUGAAAAUAAAAGAUCUCAUAGGCAGAGUCAUAGGAAAAAAGUCCUUCCUGAAAUCUACCUGACCAGAUUGCUGUCCACAAAGGGCACGCUGCAAAAAUUCCUGGAUGACCUAUUCAAAGCCAUUCUGAGCUUCCGAGAUGAGAAGCCACCUGUGGCUAUCAAGUAUUUCUUUGAUUUCCUGGAAGAACAAGCAGAGAAACGAGGAAUCUCUGACCCAGACACAUUGCACAUUUGGAAAACGAACAGCCUACCUCUGAGGUUUUGGGUCAACAUUCUGAAGAACCCCCAGUUCGUCUUUGAUAUUGACAAAACUGACCACAUAGAUGCCUGUCUUUCAGUAAUAGCCCAGGCCUUUAUUGAUGCCUGUUCCAUCUCAGAUCUGCAGUUGGGAAAGGACUCUCCUACGAAUAAACUAUUAUAUGCCAAGGAAAUUCCUGAAUAUAGAAAAAUAGUUCAGAAGUAUUACAAACAGAUCCGUGACAUGCCACCUCUCAGUGAACAGGAAAUGAAUGCACACCUAGCAGAGGAGUCUAGGAAAUAUCGGAAUGAGUUUAACACCAAUGUUGCCAUGACUGAAAUUUACAAAUAUGCCAAGAGAUACCGCAAUCAGAUCGUGAGUGCGUUGGACUCUAAUCCCACAACGCGGCGUACACAGCUGCAGCACAAAUUUGAGCAAGUGAUUGCACUUAUGGAAGACAACAUAUAUGAGUGCUGCAGCGAAGCAUAGGUGGCAAGCUGGACUUAUUUCUUCUCCCAUGUCUAGAAGUGACCUUCUCUAAAGUGCACUGUCUUUUGAGAAACACCCUUUCAAAGUAGCUGUGUGUCAAUAUGUAUUCUAUUGUAUGUAUAUGGUGACUAAGAAACCAACUUGAUAGUGAGUUUGGCCAGUCUCCGUGAGCCACCAGGUAAAGUGAAGGUUGCCCACCCAACAGCCUUGCGUCCUUUAUGUGAUCCGCACUGCAUGGCACCCAUGACGUAUUUGGUCUUUAAGACAGGGGCACAAUAACUGGACCGCCAAAUGUAGUCAUUUCUUCUGAAGAGCUCUGACUCCUAUUCAGAAUGGCGGUCUUUUCCUUCAUUCAUUCUCCCAGAGAGACUGCUGGAAAGCAGAUAUCAGGAUAUGGAAAUAAUGCUGAGGUGGUUAAGAGAAAAGCAGAAGCACCUCGGGGAACAAUGAAUGGGGUUUCAAAAGGCCCUCGGAGCAACAGCGGAGCUCCCUCAAACAGUGCCCCUCUUUCUUCUGUGUACUUUAAAUAUCAGGGAACCCAUUUACUGUACACAGUCUGCUGCAUUAGAUGUAUUUUGUGCCUUUUAUUUUUGUACUGUACAUGUUAAACAUAACCACACCUUCAUCCGAGGUUGGAAAAAGAAGUGGGAACCCACAGACAAUGUACUUGCUUCCUAAGUAGUCAUGACAUGUGAAAGCACUUUACCCCCACGACGGAAAUGGCUGUUACCUUGCUGGAGGGAUCGUUAUUGUAUAGCAGACAAUGUCGGCAAAAGAACAAAUCGGCGCAGCUGUUCCCACUUCCCAAAGCUUCCCAGAUGUGUGUGCAGACUGAAUUGCACUCAACGAAUUCCCCUCUCAAUGCUCAUCUGGCUCGGGAAUAGUUUUCCCUCGAAAGAAAAUAUAUAUAUACAUGACAAGGGUCAAGGGAUGCACUUCCUUCCCUUUGUUCUGCCCCCCACUACUUUAGAGGGAAUCUACAGAGCUGAACUCUUGGCUCAGCGUAAAUCCACAGCUGGCUUAAUGCAAGACCAUGGGGUUUCACUGAAGCUAAAAGAGAAAAGUGUUUAUCCCUGCUUUAGUUUCUAUCACAAGGUAACAUUCCUUAGUGCCAUAUUCUGUAAUCCCAAAAAUACGUAUUAUUUAUCCCCAUAUAAUGUCCCUUAACUGUUCUCUGUCUGCCUUUACACUGACUACACUAUAGGAAGCAUUAUCUCUCUGCUGUGAGGAGGAAACUCAGUGUUCUUAUCUCCCUCUCUUGGAAUUCCUCUUCAGCAUUUUAGGCAGCAGACUGAAGCCAAUGGCUGUCCAGGACAGGAAAACCCAAACUUAUUGAGGGCAAUGGGGGCAGCUAAUGCUGCCGACGAUGCCAAGUUCAUAAACUGCCAAAUAAUGCUUAAGAAUCCUACACUACCUCACCAAAGGCAAGGUCUGAAGGGGAAUUUGCCAUGGUUUAGGAGGCUAAGAUUUGAUCACUUGGGUGGGAAUUGGAACAGUUCAAUUUCUUUUCAGUCGAAAUUUGGUUGUUAUAAGUGGUUAUAUUUGUCAGGUAUAUCUUUCAGAAAUGUGUAGUGUAGUAAAUUAUAGGGGGAACUGAUCUGUCAUAAUUAAUUUUAUAUAUCGGUAUAUGAAAAGUACAAAUUUUAUCAAAGGAAAAAAAAUAAAGAGGAAUAUAAAACAUGAAAAAGGAACUGCAAAAGGUAGAGGAACUCGCUGAGAAAGUGUUGUUUGCUGAGAAAGUGGCUGCAGAAAAAAAACUUUUAAGAAUGUAGCUGGGCUACAUUUAACUUUGAAGAGUGUUUUUUUUUUCUUUAAAACUCUUUAUUUUUUUUUAACUGUGAAGAGCUGCCAGUUACACAUGUGCUUGCAGAGGGUCGAAUCAAGAAUGUAUAAAGAAAGCCUCCUGGACUUCCAGUUCAGAAGAAGAUGGAGAUGAAGGUAUACAGUGAUUAGUUGUCUGAACAGACCCUAGAUCAAAGAGAUUUGCUCUUUUCUAUCCUGAGAGUAUAUGUGUAUAUGUUCCAAGUGAUGAGCUUGGCACAUGGGUGUUACAGCAUAUGCUUUAUUAUUUAAUUCUUUGUCCAAAUAUUUGCUACAACCAUUGAAAAGAAACGUCUACAAACCUGAAACCCUAUUCCACUGUAAUAUAUUUUUAUCCUUGUCAAGUUAUUUGUGGGUGCAUUUUUCCUUACCUGCUGUUUAAUGGAAGUGGUUGAAUCUUUGCCGGGGGGGGGGGGGGAUAUCUUUGUAAUAAAACAAGAUUAUCACAUUUUUGUGGGGAUGUGUUUCUUCAAAACAUUUGAAAAUUGAAAGUAAAUUAGUGCACAGUUUGUUCAGCUGUAUAUGCUCUUCAAGUGCCCUAGCCCAGGGCUUGACAGACUUCAUUCUCAGCAAGAUCGACACUGUUUUUUGCUGAAAUGCUGAGAUCACCAAUAAGAGCCAGGUGCAAAAGCCAUAUACGCAAGCACAAUAAAACUCGAAGGAUUUAUUUUAAUACCAGAAUUAAACCUACCUUUGACCAAAAAAAAUCCACAUCUGGACGUAAGACAUAUCCUGUUCCUUAAAUUCUGAGGUGCUUUUUUCCCAUAUAAACAUCACUAAAAGAGGGUGCAUCUUAGACUCAAGGAUGAUUAUAUAAUAUAUAUUCUUUUUCUGUUGGUACAGAAAUUAUUGUGCAUUUUACAAUCAAAGGUGUCUUAGCAUUAAAAAUACAGUAAUGUGGUUUGGAGACGGA